CAGGGAGCGUGAGAUAAUCGGAGUUCCACCAUCCGGACUAACUCCGAGCUCAGGCGUUUCCAGCUCUCCGUAGCCUUCCUGAAAUCGGACUGGUCUCAUUCCCAGUCCCUUGACGUCUGUUCCAGAAAGCCGGCGUCCUGUUGCACAAAUGUCCCACCUAGGGCCCCUGCGCUGCAGGACCUGGGCUGCACUGCUCCGCCAACUCCUGCGACCUCCCCGCACUGUGUGCAACCGGGCGGUCGGCUGUCAUAGCCAGGUUGCGAAGGCAGUGUUAACAUGUGAGCAACUGAAACCACAUCAACAAAAACCGAAUUUUAUCAUCAAGGUUCCAAAGGGCACCAGGGAUUUAAGUCCUCAACAGAUGGUUGUGAGGGAGAAAAUUCUUGAUAAGAUUAUCAGCUGUUUUAAACGCCAUGGGGCAAAGGGGUUGGACACGCCAGCAUUUGAGCUAAAAGAAAUGCUCACCGAGAAGUAUGAAGACAACUUCGGCCUCAUGUAUGAUUUGAAGGAUCAAGGUGGGGAGUUGCUGUCUCUGCGCUAUGACCUUACUGUCCCUUUUGCUCGAUAUCUGGCCAUGAAUAAAUUGAAGAGGAUGAAACGGUAUCAAGUGGGAAAGGUGUGGAGGCGAGAGAGUCCAGCUAUAGUCCAGGGCCGCUACCGGGAGUUCUGCCAGUGUGAUUUUGACAUUGCUGGUGAGUUUGACCCAAUGAUCCCUGAUGCAGAGUGUUUGAGGAUUAUGUGUGAAAUCCUAAGUGGAUUGCAGCUGGGGGACUUUCUCAUUAAGGUAAAUGACCGUCGGGUUGUAGACGGGAUGUUUGCUGUAUGUGGUGUUCCUGAGAGCAAGUUCCGUACCAUCUGCUCCUCAAUGGACAAACUAGACAAGAUGUCUUGGGAAGAUGUGAGGCUUGAGAUGGUGGCAGGGAAAGGCCUAGCUCCUGAGGUGGCUGAUCGAAUCGGGGACUACGUCCAAUGCCAUGGGGGGAUAUCCCUGGUAGAGGAGUUGUUCAAGGAUCCCAGACUGUCCCAAAACCAGCUGGCCUUGCAGGGCCUAGGGGACCUGAAGCUGCUCUUUGAAUACCUGAGGUUAUUUGGAAUUGCCGAUAAGAUCUCCCUUGAUCUGAGUCUGGCCCGGGGCCUGGACUAUUAUACAGGAGUCAUUUAUGAAGCAGUACUGCUAGAGUCUCCAGCUCAGGCCGGAAAGGAGACUCUGAAUGUGGGUAGUGUGGCUGCUGGUGGGCGCUAUGACAGGCUGGUAGCCCAGUUUGAUCCCAAGGGACAUAACGUGCCUUGUGUGGGGUUGAGCAUUGGAGUAGAGAGAAUCUUCUAUCUUGUGGAGCAGAAGAUGAAGAUUUCUUGUGAGAAGGUUCGAACCACAGAGACCCAAGUGUUUGUGGCCACGCCCCAAAAGAACUUCCUCCAAGAGCGUUUGAAGAUAAUUGCACAGCUUUGGGAUGCAGGGAUCAAGGCAGAGAUGCUUUAUAAAAACAACCCUAAACUGUUAACCCAGCUGCACUAUUGUGAGAAAGAAGACAUUCCUCUAAUGGUCAUUAUUGGUGAGCAAGAACAGAAUGAAGGUGUUGUCAAGCUCCGUUCAGUGGCCAGCAGAGAAGAAGUGAGUUGGAGCUGGUGGAAAUACAGAGUUCUAAAUGUUCUACCCUCACUUUUUAAAAGACAGGAUCUUGUGGUAUAACCCAGACUGGUCUGGGACUGUGUCAGCCAGGUUGGCCUUGAACUCAUGAUCUUCCUGCUUUAAUCUCUUAGGUACUAUGGCAGCAGGCAUAUACUGUCAUGCCUAGAUCCCAGACUCUCUUUUAAGAGAUGUGUUAAAAAUAUGUCGUUUAAAUUACAUUUGUGUGUGUGUGUUUGUGCACACAUAUUCCAUGCAUGUGUGUGUAUGUCAACUUGCAGGAGUCAGUAGUCAGUUCCCUCCUUCCACCAUAUGGAUCCCAGGUGUAAAUAAUAAGAAUGGGUACAGAGUGAAGUGAAUUUGGGAAAACUGGCUAAGACACUAGUAUCGUUUUCUAGUUUGUCACACACAGAUUCUCUUAUGUUUUAGGUGACUGUUAAUCGAAAAAGUCUUGUGGCUGAAAUUCAGAAGCGACUGUCUGAGCCUUGAUUAGUGCCUGAUUUCCAUCUCCUGCUCUUAGAAGAAAAGUUUUCAGCUAGGACCGAGUUCUGACGGACUUUACCCAAGUUGGCCAGCAUGGAUGUUGUACAAGUGCCUUCUGCUUCUAUUCUCUCCUGGAUAUAGAGCUACAGAAGGACCUGAGGACUCGUGGACUAACAUUAGCAGCUGCUCUGUUAGAAUGCACAUGGCUGUCAUGCCAAAGAGGCAUCCUGUAGCUGCAAAGGCAGAUCUAAAGUGCCUCUGAAUUCUGUCAAAGGGAUGUUAGGAUGGUUGCUAUGAGAAAAGCUCUGGAAGAGUUAGUUGCCUAAGGCUAAGACUCUGACCCAUUGAAAUGAGAAGCUAAUAUGUACUUCACUUUUGACUGUAGCUUAGGAACCAGAUUCUGGAGAAUUUGUCUACAUCAACUAUGGGUUGUCCAUGGAGUUACAUGGACAGUAGGAAUGGACAGAAAAAAGAGAUGCUGUACCAUGGGCCCAGCAGUGCAUCUGUUGGUUCUUCCAGUUAACAGUAGAAGGUUGGGCUACUUCAUAAUUUUGAACAUUGACCUUAAUGGAUGAUAAGUUAGUGAUCUGCUCUUUUGAGGUUUUGAACACCAUUCCAUUUGUUAUAGUAAUUUUUCUGGAUUAUUCCAUAUCCUGCUCUGGAGAUUGUUCUAGAAGUGGUUAUAUGAUAGGUUACAUUUCAAAAAUGUACUAGUGGGCUGCAGAGAUGGCUCACUGAUUAAGGGGGCAUAUUGCUUUUCCAGAGGACCUGAGUUCAGUUCCUAGCAACCACAUCAGAGUGAUUACAACUGCCUGUAACUCCAGUAACAGUUAUCUGAGGCCCUCUUCUGGCCUCCACAAACACCUGCACUUAAUGUGCACAUACUUAUGCACAGACACAUACACAUAAUUAAGAAUAAAAUAAUUUUAAAAA